AUGAUCCCGAAUAUACGAAGGUUCUUCGCUAUGUUCAGGACGGAGGAAGAGGAGCGCUCCUACUCCCGCAAAGCUUUUUACAACUUUGUUGGGUUUUUGGCUUCGUGCGUAGCGUUUUCGUUCGUCGCCCAGAGACUCGAGAGUCGCCAGAGCAAAGACGUGCUGAACUUGGCCAAAGUUGCCAACUCUUUUGUUCACUAG